CAGUAUUACCCGCGGAAAAUUGGCCGCUGUUCAAGUUUCGAGAGAAACAGAUCCUACAAUCGCAUGUACGUGGCACUGAAUGUUGUCGCCGAUCUCGUCUGUUAACUCGGGAAAGAGACAAUGCUCGGAGUGCCUUGGGUCUGCUCUCGGUGUUUGAUUCGUCCAGCCAGGGCCUCUCUAUAUCGACGGUCGCUGCUACAACGUCGGACAUACAAAACAGGAUCGGAUCUCUCUCCAGCACUCCUCACACACGCACGCACUCUGGCUGUCGAGCAUGCAGCUCUAAGUACUCAAUUAGCUGAUUCCUUCGACGCCAAGAUCGCAAAACGGAUUGGAGAGCUAGCACAGGUUGCAGACACUCUCAAGCAGUGGGAUAAUGCAAACGAAUCCAUAUCCGAGUUACAGGCCUUGUUAGAUGAUCCAAGAACGGAAGCCGAAUUGAAGUCUUUGGCCAUUGAAGACCUAGAAAGUAGCAAGCUUACAUUGCCCAGUAUAUCAGAGAGUCUCAAAAAAGCGCUCAUUCCUCGCCAUCCUUUUGCAGAGCUCUCAUGCCUGCUCGAGAUCCGACCUGGUGCAGGUGGGGAUGAAGCGGGCCUGUUUGCUUUCGAGUUGAUGAAGAUGUAUAUCGCCUUCUGCUCUCGCCGAGGUUUUCGUUGUACCAUCAUUAAGAAAGAAGGCGGAGAAGGGUCGGCCGAGGACCGCCUUAGCGAAGCAGUUUUGGAGAUAGAAACGGAUGGUGCAUACGAUACCAUGAGAACAGAGUCAGGCGUGCACAGGGUUCAGAGAGUCCCGGCUACGGAAGCCAAGGGCCGUACUCAUACUAGUGCUGUGAGUGUCAUGGUCCUCCCUAGCUUCCCUGAAACAGGAAGUGGCACCGAUGGAGCGCAUGGUUUCGAUGAUCCCAACAGCGACUAUUACAUUGACCCACAGGAAGUUCGCACGGAGAAGAUGCGAGCUAGUGGUGCUGGCGGACAGCAUGUGAACAAGACUGAAUCUGCGAUCCGCUUGACGCAUAUACCGACUGGUAUCGUAGUCUCGAUGCAAGAUUCACGGUCCCAGCAUUCUAAUCGGAAGAAGGCUUGGCAAGUUUUGCGUGCGAAAUUGGCCGAACAGAGGCGAGAGGCGAGGGAACAGGAACUUGUUGAGCUCAGGAGAGGAGCUAUGGGUGGCAUUGCCCGAAUGGGCCGAGGCGAUAAAAUCCGCACGUACAAUUAUGGGCAAAGUCGCUGCACAGACCACCGUAGCGGGCUCACUGUGCACAAUCUAGACGACGUCCUAGCUGGUGGGCAGGGGUUAGAGUCCGUAAUGGAUAGUGUACGGACAUGGUUUGGUGAUCGCGAAAUCGCAGUCAUGGCGGCAGAAGCAUCGAUCAAGCACGAGGUACAGCGACGUGCUUAGCAGGCAUGGGUGUAUAGAUAAUGCUGGCAAAUGUUGCCAUAAUGACUACGCUGUUAAGCAGGUUUUUACCGAGCCCAUUCGAUUACAAUUCGAUCUCAAUCGCGCACAUACAGCCCGUAAUAUUUCUAUACAUCAACCAGCUUCAUAACGACUUAGAUAUAGCGCCUCUCUGGAUCAAAUGUGUCCAAUGCCUCCAUCGUCUUCUCAUACAUGGUGAAUACUAUGCCGCCACUCAUGAUGAGCCUCGCUAGUCGUGGAACGGCUCCCGACCAGAAGGUCAGAAUGCCCUCGUCCUUGAAGAUGCGUGCCGCGCAGACGAAACUAUUCCUAUAAUUCUUACUGGCUUCUAGGGAUUGCAUCCUAACACUGUGUCAGUACGCGUCUCUGAGGAGAUGUUUG